UAACACACAAUGCAACUCCUCAUCAACAACAACCCCCAAAAUUAUUAAUUUUUUUUUAAAAAAAAUGUAUUUUCAAGCCUUGUUCCUCUUCUCUCUUGUCAUCAUCUCCUCCUCUCAAGCCGCGGUCCUCGAUUUCUGUGUUGGUGACUUGUCCUUACCCGAUGGUCCCGGUGGCUAUGCUUGCAAGAAACCAUCAAAAGUAACUGCUGAUGACUUUGUGUUCUCAGGGUUAGCUGCCACAGGAAAGAUAAUCCCUCUCAUUAAAGCGGCGGUGACUCCUGCUUUUGCUCCUCAAUUUCCAGGUGUCAAUGGGCUUGGAAUCUCAAUGGCUAGGCUUGAUUUAGCUAUAAGUGGUGUUAUCCCAAUGCACACACACCCCGGAGCAUCGGAGGUGCUUUAUGUUGUCCAAGGAGAAAUAUGCGCGGGAUUUAUUUCUUCCUCGGACAACAAAGUGUUUUUUAAAACCCUAAAACAAGGAGAUAUUAUGGUAUUUCCACAAGGGUUACUGCAUUUUCAGAUUAAUUCAGGGAAAACUUCAGCUUUGGCUAUUAUUUCUUUCAGUAGCCCAACACCAGGGCUUCAAAUUACUGAUUUUGCUUUGUUUGCUAAUGAUUUGCCUACUGAACUUGUCGCAGCCACCACAUUCCUUGAUGCUGCUUUAAUCAAGAAGUUGAAGGGUGUUCUUGGAGGAACCAACUAAUUAAUUAAUUAUCUUGUAAUUUGCUUUGUUAAUUCGAAUAAUUGUGUCAACAAAUUAUCCAUUAUUAUUUCCUUAGGUUUAUUUUAUUUUUGAAAAUUUCAUGUAUUUGUUGUCUUGUUAUGGAGUGUUAAUUAUUUUCAGAGUUGAAUCUGGCCUUUGGAUUCUACUUCUUUUUGUCAUUUGUAUUGCAAGGUAAAAAAUUCAGUUAAUGUAAUUUCACUUUUUUAGCUA